CGACUGAGGAAGAAGGCAUGACAGAGAGACUGCAAAAAGAAAGAGAAUCUUCUCUUUGUUUUGCAGUUCUUCUUUUACUCAGCCCUUCCAGGCCGCGUCUCUUCACCGUCCAAACUCCCACCAAACUACCACGCAGAAAUGAACGCAGAAGCAGCCACAGCCCCCGAAGGCUCCAAGCCCAGCCCCCCCAAGUUCACGCAGAAAGAGGCCAGGCAGUUCAAGAGCAAGGCUCCCAAAGCUGGACAGAAGGGAUUCAAUGAUCUUCCCGGGAUGGAUGACCUUGGAGGUGCAGAGGUCAUCUGCCCAUGGGAGACGUUUGGUGACAUGGACCUGAGUGAGCUGGCCCAGGUUGGCAUCGUAUAGACCUUAUGCCAAAUGGAAACAGUCUAUUCCUGGUGGCUGCAAUCCAGAGGCUUUUUUAUAUGCUUUCCUCAUUAGUUCUCCCCACUUUUGGCGGGGAGACGAGCAUGAAUGUUUACCAUUUAAGGACGACCUGUGAUAACUGGAGGACAAAAGCUCUUUGACAGCAACCCCCAAGAAAGACUCUUUUUCUGCCCUGGGCCAGUACAUCUCACCACCUGGAAGUUUUAACAUCUCUCUGAGCUCUUUAUUGUAACCAAGCACCCAUGUAAAAGUGUAACACACUGUACCGCUGCUUGGGUUUAAUUAAACAGACGAUUAGUCAACAACUACUAAUCAAUGUAAAUAUUCUAUCUAUCUAUCUAUCUAUCUAUCUAUCUAUCUAUCUAUCUAUCUAUCUAUCUAUCUAUCUAUCUAUCUAUCUAUCUAUCUAUCUAUCUAUCUAUCUAUCUAUCACAUUAAGUAGAAUUGUGUACUGUGUGGUUAGUGCAGUAUACCUAAUAAAAUUUAUUUUAAUCACAUUA